AUGGCCGCCGGCGCAGGAAAGCAAAAGAAGAAGUGGUCCAAGGGCAAGGUCAAGGACAAGGCCCAGCACGCCGUCGUCCUUGAGAAGCAGACCGCCGAGAGACUCCAGAAGGAUGUCCAGUCCUACCGUCUCAUCACCGUCGCCACCCUUGUCGACCGUCUGAAGAUCAACGGCAGCUUGGCCCGCAAGGCCCUCGCUGAUCUUGAGGAGAAGGGACAGAUCAAGAAGGUCGUUGGCCACUCCAAGAUGACCAUCUACACCCGUGCCGUUACCGCUGAGUAA